AUGUACAAUCCUUACCAAGCUCCGGGUCUCUAUGGACAGGCUCCUGACUAUGGUGCAUAUGGUGCGCCUCCAGGCAUGGCACCUCCUCCGGGGAUGGCUGCUCCAGGCACCGCUGCUCCUCCCGGCAUGCAGCAAGCAAAUACCCAGCCUGGUCGUCCAGGAAGCUUCCCGCCCAACUUCCAGCCGCCUGCGAAUAUGCCAAACAUCAAUUUUUCUGCGCCAGUGAUUCGAUUGGGUACCGCGGGUCCGACAAAGCCUGCAGCUCAAGAGAGCGGCCGGGAACGAGUAUCCGAUGCUCCUGGGCGCCGCGGUGGUCUGGGGUCAAUGGGAAUGGAUACCCAGCGCCACCAUGGUCGUGAUCCCAUGAUGCAACUCCAGCCACCUACACGCGAUGAAAUUGUGCGCACGCUUUUUAUCGGUGGAAUUACAGAGGGCGCUGGUGGCGAUGAUGGCAUUGAGCGUAUUCUACGAUCUACUGGUAUCUUGCGUCGCUGGAUUCGCGCGACAGAUGCUGAUGAGAAACCUUGCCGAUUUGGCUUCGCCGAGUAUGAUGACCCGGAGAGUCUUGAGGUUGCGGUUGAAACCUUGAAGAACGUGGAAGUCCCAGUCAAGAGACAGACACCCCGCGCCGAAGGUGAUGAGGAAAAAGAGGUUGAAAAGAGCAAGCUUCUGGUCGUCGUCGAUGAAGGCACCCUCACCUACCUCGAGCAAUUCGAGUCUAGCCGAGCCGAACAAGACCCCGAGGAACGCCAGGCUCGUUUCACCGCUGCCCGCAAGAAUCUGGAUAAUGUCUUGUCAAGCCUCUUCCAUCCCGCAGCGCCCCUUCCAAAGGAGGAGGCAUCUGCCCUUGAUCGGGAAGGCGACAGUGAAAUGAAGGAUGCCGAGGUUGCCAAGGACGGUGAAAUGCGCGCCAAUGUGGCCAAGGAGAUCUCGGCUUUCCGUGAACGAAGCACUCGUCGCGAUAUCGAGCGUAUGAAACGUGAGGAAGAGAUUGAGUCGAUGGAACGUGCGCGCAGUUCUGGCUCUCGGAUUAAUCGACUUGCUUCGCCUCCCUUAUCCGCUCCCAGUGGCCCUGCUGCCGGUAUCAACGGUAUUCCGUUAGGCCCACGGGAUCGUAAUGUGUUGAAUGCACCUUCUGGCCCAAAGGCGUUCGGUGUGCAGAUUCCCAAGGAUUAUCAGAAGGGAGUUGCUUUUGUCAAUGGUGGAUCCCUCAACGGAGUCUCUAUUGAUCGCGAAGGCGAGGAUUCCGAUGCCAGCGACGAGGAAAUCGAACGCCGUCGACAGGAUCGGGUUAAGGCUGAGCAAGAGAAGCAAUUCUCAGACCAAGAGCGCCGCUGGCUUAGCCGUGAGCGCAGCCGAACUGCUGCCCUGGAGAGAGAGAAGAAGCGCGAGGAUGAGGAAGAUGGAAAGUUGCAAGCUGCGCACGAUGAGAUGGAAGCACGGCUUGGCGCUUGGAACGAUGAUGUCGAGGACAGCCGCAAGGCGGUCGAUUACUACGCAGACCGCGGUGUCUGGCUCCGCAACCGUGCAAGCUUCCGUUCUCGUGAAACCAACAUCGACGAUGCCGAUCGCGCCGCUGAGGAUCGCGAACUUGUGCAAUCCGCCAAGCAGCAAGAGCAGGCUCGCGGCAUGGCCGACGACUUCCUGGCUCGCCAGGCAAAGGAGCUUGAAACCCGUCCCCAGGAGGCACCACGCGAACCCCAACGCUUCAAGCUCUCUCUCGGAGCCGCCGCGCAGAAGGCGCAAGCCGCGACCAGCCGUCGCGCCAUGGCCGAUGUGGAAGGUCUGCUGGAGGACGAGGAAGAGCCCGUUACUACAACCCGCCGGCAACUUAUUCCGAUCAAAUUCGAUUCCGCGGCCGAAGCUGCAGGUCUCACCGACGAGGAACGUGCUCAGGCGGCCCGUCAACUCGCUGCGGAAAUUCCGGCCGAGAAGGAAGGGUUGUGGAACUGGGAGGUCAAGUGGGAAUUUGUGGAUGACGCCGUCAUCAGCGACCAACUCAAACCUUUCGUCGAGAAGAAGAUCGUCGAAUAUCUUGGUGUACAGGAACAAAUGCUGGUGGAUGUGGUGGAGGAACAUGUGCGCAAGCAUGGAUCGCCUCAAGAGUUGGUGGAGCAGCUGGCCGAAGCAUUGGAUGAAGAGGCCGAAGUUCUUGUUCGCAAGCUUUGGCGGAUGAUCAUUUUCUGCUCCGAGAGCGAGAAACGAGGCCUGUCCUCAUAA